AUGACAUUCCUCAAAAUUACUUUUUCGACUCUUUUAUUGUCCUUACUUGGCACAAAUAUUUUAGGAUUUGGUCCUUGUGAUCGCAUGAAGUGUAAAAAUAGAGUGUUAAACGAUACUUUAUUUGUGGAUAAAGACUAUGAUUGUGGUUAUACUCGUCUUAUACCUAAUAGAAAUAAAAUAGGUUAUGGAGGAAAAAAUGAACAUCAAAAACCAGUAGUUCAAAUAAGUAAUGGUGCAACACUUUCAAAUUGUAUAAUUGGCGCAAGGAAAAAUUAUAAGGCGGCAGAUGGAAUUCAUUGUGUGGGAAAUUGUAAAAUUAAAAAUGUUUUUCAUGAAAAAGUUGGAGAAGAUGCUAUUACUUUAUUGGGAACUGAUCCAAAUAGUCAAUACUUAAUUGACGGGGGAGGUGCACAAAAUGCUAACGGAAAGGUUGUUCAAUUUGAUGGAGCUGGAACGCUAACUAUUAGAAAUUUUUAUAUGAAAAAUGUCUACGCAGGUAUAGCCUCAUGUGGUAAUUGUUUAAAGCAAUAUCGAAAUAGAAGAAUUAAUGUUGAGAAUUUAAUUGUGGAAAAUCUUACAAAAGGACAAUUUAUUGUUGGAGUUAAUGGAAAUUAUGGGGAUAAAGCUACCCUUAAAAAUAUAACAAUAAAAGGAAAAUCAAAAAGACAAGUCUAUCCGUGUAAAAUAUUUGAAGGAAAUAAUCAAGGAAAAGAGUCUCCAGUUAGAAGUAUGCAACCUGACAAGGACCAUUGUAUUUUAAUUGAUAAAUUACAUAUAAGUGCUGAUGAUACAAAGAAAUAA